AUGUACAUCACCAGAGAUAGCACAAGCGAUCAACUUCCAGAGCCAGCGCAACAGCCGUUCCGAGGAAUAUACGAUGGAGUCCACGAUAUGUACGGCCCAGGCGCAUUCGUCGCAUGGAUCAUAACCGGAUACUGUGUCGCAGCACAAUACUUCUCGCCCAUGGAGGGCCCGCUGUACUGGAAUAUCGACAAAGACCUUGCCAUUUUCCUCCUUUAUCCCGUCGUCGCCGCUGGCCAGCUGAUAUACAAGUCGAGCCGGUACUCCGGACCUCGGACUGACUUCUGCGCCUCUACAUACUCCCAGGGUCCUUCGAAGCCCGGCGUAGCGGCCAUAUGGGCAUGCACGAAUGUGUGCCUCACGGCCACCUCCAUGAACGCCUGUCUCCUUGUUCUUUUGCGCAAGUCACGAAUCCGUUUCAUCUGCGUCCUCGCCGCGUAUCUCUGGCUCCUAGCCAGUCUUCUGUACGCAUGGAGACCAUGUCUCAGCUUCAAGGACAUGGUCUGCUGGUCUAUAUUGAUCAUGGCCUGGCCCCUUCUGUCCGCAUUGGGCCCUGCUGCUCUGCCACUCGCCGUCUUCAUCUUACCGUACGGGAUACGGGACACUUGGUACUUUGUGUCCAAUCACCACUUCUCCGGACUAGAUCAUCUGAACUAUAAGGAUUAUGUUACGGUCUUCGUUCUCGCGCUGCUCGGAAUCUGCGGACCUCUUUUCGGAGCUCUUUUCAUGGCGUUUUUGGGCGUGGGCGCACUGGGCUGCCUGCUCCUGAUGAUUCCGCAGACGAACCACAAGAUCGACGACUUUGGACAGAUCAUGACGCUCAUGGCUGCCGUUGUGAAUGCCGUCUUUGUGGUGCGGACUCUUUUCAAGGAAUAUGGGAGAGUGUGGUUGGGGUACUUGCUGGAGCGGGAGCGCUACUGGACCGAGAGCAGAGUACAGGCGGAUCGGAUAGAGAGACCGUGA